AGUCUCACAGCAACAUCUGAUUCAUUACCAUCUCUAGCAGCUCAUCAUGAUGCUAUCGAGCUACUAAUCAAAAAUAGAGGAAUAUCUAUUACGCGAGACGGUAUUAGUAUCGGUAUAUUAUUUGGCAUUCGAUCUCAACUGGUUAGUCUCUGUCUAUCGAUUCCAUUCUUUGACCCAGUAAAUGGUCAUAAUCUGACUUGGGAUGAUGUGCCCGAGCAGAUUAGAUUUAAUCCAGUUCAUACGCUCACCACUGCAAGUAUCCCUGUAGCGAAUCUACGAGUACUAGCAGACGAAAUUCUGUACGAACCUAAGUCAGAAAUCAAUAUUCACCGUGUCCGAGAUCUUAUUGAUCAAUGCAAAGCUACGGAUAAUGCUCUUACUGAAUGGCGUUCUACUCUCCCUGGUUCCUGGGGUUUCAUGGCAAUUGAAAAUAAGAAACUGACCAUUCAGAAGUUUCGCAAUCUCGAAUUUAAAACGUGCCCUUGGCUCGCUCAAGGCCUCGUUUACCGAGACAUCUGGUUUGCUAAUCUACACAAUACCUAUUUUAUGUUUCGAGCUUUGCUUCAGUCAAUUAUUUUGAGAUGUGUUGUUUGGAUGACUAGCUGGGCAGGUCUCUCACUUGACCUUAACUCAGAAUUUACCCAAGCGAAGGAGGAAAUAUUGAAGACUUUUCAAUCAAUCUGUGGGUCGGUUGCUUUCCUGUUGGGCGCAAGUCCGAAUGUGCGAUUAUUUCCAGAUUUGCAACUCCCAUUCAGAUGUCAGACGUCUGAACUCGGGCCUCCUUUACUUAUCAGGCCUCUAUUUGUGGCGCAGUCAGUUAUUGUGGCUCAAGGAUAUCAGAGAUCAUGGGUAGCGUCAAUCCUCCUCAGCAUUGGAACAAGUUAUGGCAUCGGCAUUGCCCGACUAAUUGCAAAGGCAAAAGGAUUCAAUGGCCAACCCUUGUUUUGC